AGAGCAGAGCCGGCACAGAGGGAGACUAUGGGAGCCAGAGGAAACUCCACAUGAGCGGCCAAGUAGUGAGCCUUAUUCCGAGCAGCCACAGCCUCCACUUACCAUCGGCUGCAGCCUGAAACGUAUAGGAGGUGUUCCUGUUGUUAAACACCUCGUCACUUCCCACGACACUCUGAUCGCUGCAUGUCACUGCUGCCAAAAGGCUGAGAUGACCUGGGAGAGAGGGAGAGCUGUGGAGAGCCAUUACGCUGGUCAGCUUACUGGGAGGACCCCCUGAUUCUGAUUCCCCCAACAUCGCUACCUGAACCUGAACCAGACACUAGUCUGAUCCGUUUGGCAUCGGCCCAAAUAGGAGGGUUGUUUAGAGCCAGCGGCGGGAGAGAGCGAGACCAUCACAGAGACAGCUAAGUCCCCUCCUGUUGCCUGAUUAAGAGGUGAUGACCACUCCACUACCAUUGGCAACUCUCUCCUGACAUGAACUGAAUGUUUCCCCUCCUAGCACUUCAAAUCCUGUCCUGAAGUCAAGUCUCUGAACACCUCAACUCAUGCCUCAUACCCUCAUUCAAACGCUGCUGUGGUCCCUCCCAACACGGUGUGAAUGAUUGAGAAUCAGAGCGAUCUCCAUGCUGUGAGACCCCACCCCAUGCUCCUCCCUCCUCUCAGGGGAUGGCCAAGGUCCAGGAUGGACACACAAACACAUGUGACAGCCCUGCGAUGUUAGAAGAGAGCCAGGAUGGUAUGGACAGUGGUAGCCUGACUCCUGGCCCAGCUUCAGCUCGACAGGUCUGCAUUCAGCGCCACCCCAGCCAAGGCUUCGGAUUCAUAGCAGGCAGCCAGAGACCAGUCAUCGUGCGCUCUGUCUCUGCAGACGGCCCGUCCAUCGGCAAGCUUCUCCCUGGAGACCAGAUCCUGGCCAUCAAUGAGGAGGUGGUGAGCGAGGCUUCCCGGGAGAGAGUCAUAGACCUUGUAAGAUGCUGCAAAGACUCCAUAGUUCUCACUGUGCUGCAGCCUCACCAGUCACCUAAGUCAGCCUUCAUAAGUGCAGCUAAGAAGGCCCAUCUGAGAACUAACCCGCCCAAAGUGCGUUUUUCAGAGCAAGUGUCCUUCAGUGACCCAGACUCAACAAUGCUAAAGGACGACUCUUUGCUACUCAUCCCUAAUGUGCUGAAGGUGUUCCUGGAGAAUGGUCAGAUCAAGUCCUUUACGUUUGACAGCCGCACCACUGUCAGGGAUGUGAUCUCGUCCCUGCAGGACCGCCUGUCCCUGCGUUACAUCGAGCACUUUGCCUUGGUGCUGGAAUCAGGUGGGCUGGACCAGAACCAGAGACUACACCUGCUGCAGGAGAACCAGCCGCUCUCACAUGUGGUGCACAGGACGUAUUUCCAGGGGAUGAAGUGUCUCUUUCGCAUCUGUUUCUUCCCCAAGGAUCCAGCAGACCUGCUCAGGAGGGACCCUGCAGCCUUCGAGUACCUCUACAUACAGAGUCGCAAUGACGUCAUCAAAGAGCGCUUCGGCAUGGACUGGAAGUCUGACGUCACACUGCGCCUGGCUGCGCUUCAUAUCUACAUCACAGUGUCAUCGGCCAGACCCAAUCAGAAGAUCUCGCUCAAGAAUGUGGAGAAGGAGUGGGGUCUGGAACCUUUCCUCCCCCUCACUCUACUUCCCACCAUCAAGGAGAAGAAUGUGUGUAAGACCCUGUCACAGCUGCUCAAGACCUAUCAGCAUCUGCCUCCCUCUGGCAACAAGGUCCCUCCUCUCCAGGGAAAGCUGCAGUACAUGCGUGUGCUCAACGAUCUUCCGCCCUUUGGAGGCUUGCUGUUCCACACCGUCGGACUAGAUGAGAAGCAGUCGGCCACUACGCUGCUGGUGGGUCCGCGGCACGGCAUCGGUCAUGUGAUCGACCUAAAAAACAACCUGACCACGGUUCUGACAGAGUUCAGUCGUGUUGCUAAGAUACAGCUGCACCGGGAGAACCAGGGCGUUGCCCGCGUAGAGGUGACCAUACAGGAGGCCAAGCCUCUGGUCCUGUUGAUGGAGUGGCCCGAUGCCAGUAACUUCGCCUGUCUCAUCUCCGGCUACUACAAGCUGUUCGUGGAUCCCAAACGAGCCAUCUACUACCGGACACCUGGUCAGUCUUAUAUGAUCAAGGCAGGGUUGAUUGUGUUGGCGGCCAUUACGCCUGAGUCAUCGUUGGACUCAGGGCACGAGACCAACUCCUCAGAGCUGACAGACGUCUCAGAGAUGGUGUCGGCCAUGAAGCAGCACCAGAACCAGGCCUACCUGUUGGCCCACCAUAUCAACAAGGAGCGUAUCUUCAGUCGCAGAGACUUCCCCUUGGCCAUACCAGGCUGCACCACCCAGACUAUUGGAGGCGGUGCGUUCUCCAUGGGUCAGAUCCGCGGCGGCUGCCCCUCGAAACCAGUGAUCCUCAGUAAGACUGUUCCCCUAAAGCUUAGCUCUGGUCAGGAGACUACCAGUCCAGGUCUCAGCACAGUGGAGCAGGGGAGUGACGUUAUCCAAGAACCAACGCAGAGUGAGCCGAGUGAAGGCAAGAAGGCAAAACCAGAGCCCACCAAAGCGUGCACCCCAGACCGCACUGCAAUGUCACCUGAGGAGCUGAAAGUCUCCAAUCCAGGGCAGGCACCUAAGGUCGGCAAGGAUCAAAGGUCACCCGGUACUGCUGCGGGCAAACUAAGCCCAAAUUUCUCUGUGGGCGUCAAGGGGAAGAAGUCUGCGCCUCUGAGCCCGGCCACAACCAACAAAGCCUUACCCAUUCUCUUGCCUGUGGACAUAACUGCCCCCGCCAAGAUUUGCCCCACAAACAUGUGCCAAGAUGCCGAGACUGCCUCUAGCAAGACCAUCAAGCCUUCAAGCUCUAAAGACCUCUUGCCAAUUGAUGACCUGUUCUGCACAUGCCCAGUUAGAGAACCCGGGCCACAGCUAAGACUGAAGGAUCCACAUACCCAGAAGGUGGUGGUGUUCCACUCCUCUUCCCCUACAGAUGAUGAGCGUCUUUGUGCCAAAGGCCUCCAACUGGCCAGUAGCAAAGAGAGCACAGUGAGAGCAGCAGGAGGAGCAGGAGCAGACCCCAUCUUGGCCAAGCCCAGACCCCAGGCCCCAACCAAGUACUCCCAGUCCCCACACAUGCCUGUGAAAGCUGAGAGGAAGGAAGCAGCAGAGGCCAAGGCAGAGAGGUCCCAGGGUAAAGCUCAAGCUGAGCCACAUAAAUGCCCCCCGAAGACAUUCUCUCUCCUGGGAGACCCCACACACCCUUCCUGCUCUGUGGACAAGGUCUCUACUCUCUCCUCUGCUGACAGCAAGAACCAGGGUGGCGGUAAAGGGAAGGCCCAGCGUAGCGCUGCCUUCCUAAGUAUCAAGAACCUUCUGUCGGCCACGUUCCCAGCUCGGAUUCGCAGGGAGACUGAUGAGCGCCGAGCCCAGCUCCAAAAGGUCCGGCAGUACGAGUUAGAGUUUCUGGAAGAACUUCUGAAGCCCAAGUCGUCUGGGAGCGAGUACCUACCCCAGGGGUCCUCGCCAGUCCCCUCAGGCACCCCAUGUGCUUGCCAGCUCCUUACAAGUCCUGUGCUAAAAGCCCCUGGAAUCUCCAGAGAGCAACGCCGCAGCUGUGACUGCAAGAGGAUGUGCAGAGGCAUCCGACUGCCCGAUACGCCGGUCGGCUCAAUUGCAGAGACACAGCAGCAUAGAGGUAGAGAGAGACCCCUCUCCAAGACCCCUCCAGCGACCUCCAAAACCCCUCACCCCCAGGGAGCUCAGAGGAGACCUCAGACCUUAGAGAUCAAGACCACCCGAAUCCGCUCGACCAGUCUGGAGUCGCGGGAACCCAGGGGGGAGCAGGCUUCCUGCUUGCCCACCUGCACCUCUCGCACACCAGAGUGCAUGGGCGCUCCGCAGUACAAGAAGCUCCAGAGGCGGUCUAGCAUCGGAGAGGUGGACAAUGCUGAAGGCACCCAGCUGUACACCGAGAUAAAACCCAAAGCCAAGAACCUGGAGAAGGAGAUGGAGCGAGUGAGGGCCGCAGGGCUGAGGCUUCCAACAACCGUGGAGCCCGUUCACAAUCAAACUCACACGACUGCUGCAGAGGCAAAGGGGAAGAAAGGAGUGUUCUUCAUCCAGGGAGAAGAGCUGCUGAGGGAGAGCAGAGAGGGGGCUCCGACGGAGAUGCUGCUGGGGCUGCCUAGCGAGGACAGUGACGACAGGGAAAAGUGCUGCUCUUUUUGUUUCUGCUACAGGAAGUGUGAAGCGGCGGACGAGAGCAGUGAGAAAGAAGAGCUCUCCUACUCCACCACCCUCCAGGUCCUGCCCGGGAUGCAGCUGGGCUCUCAAACCUUGCCCAUUGUCAGCAAAACGCUCCAGGUUCUCCACGCUGAGGGCUGCAGCGGGGAGGAGGAGGAAGUAGAGGAAGAAGAAGAGGAGCCGCAGACACAGGAGAUCGACCUCCGGGCCUGCGGGACUCUGGAGGGGAGCCUGGCGAGGGUCGAAUCCCUGCAAGGAAAGACGUUCAGCCUGCCGGACGGUUUCCUCAAUGCCCAGCUGGAUGCUAAUGAGCUGCUAGCCAUCCUGCGACAGUGCGCUAACAUUCCCCAGGUGGAUAACGAAUCACGCCUACAGCCGUCCCGGAUCGCCGAGUACAAGCAGGAGCUGGCAGUGCGCUUCAAAGAGUUCAGGGUGGCGUGCAGGCGGGUGGCGAGCGUCGAGAAGAGCCCCACUCGCAUGCUGAGCGUUGUUACGGCCAGCUUCCUGGUCCUCUGCGAACUGACUCAGACCUUCAUCAAGCUGGUUAGAGGGGUGCGUUCAGAGGCCCAAAGGCUGCAGCUGCUGCGGAAGGUUGAAGAGGUUGCUAUCAAUUACACUUUGCUGUUGCGUGCAGCCGAGGAGGCGAUGGGCCACUCCAGUAGUCUGCCUAACAAGAGCGUGAGUCCCCAAGUUACUACAACCUCCACUAACAUGGGCUCCCUCUCUCGCCCAAUCAAAACCCUGCCUACCCAGUAGAGACAAAGAAUGGGGAAGUUAGUAAAUAAUCAUAUAUGACAGUUGGGAGUGUGGGUGGCUGGGUCCACACUCUCAAAGUCCAGUAGUUAUUUAUUGUUUACAGGACAUGCAAUGAUCCAUCCUCAGCUAAAAUCACAAUGCAACUGCUCCAUUGUGUGUUUCCAGGGGCUGUGGCAGUUGCAGCCUAGAGUGGCCCUGUGGUGUUCUAGCAUAAGAGACAGACGCCUGAGCACCGCUAUACAAAAGGUGCAAGGACCUACACCUCUGAAAUGCUGUGUGAAAACAGGGCUAACCACUCCUCCAUGUCAACUCUCACAUUACAGAGGUCCGUCUCAUUAUUUUCUAUGUACAUUUGAGUUGUAUCUUUUUAGCAAAGUAUACCUUUUUGUGGAGAAUAAAAAUAAUGAAAAUAAUAUAUUAAAUGAUAUUGAGUAUAACAAAUAUAAAGAGUAAUACAUCUACAAUAAAUGUGCUCUGGGCAAAAAUACAGCAGAGAAAAUGUCAAAGUAGCGAAUUCUGUGAAUUAGGUAGUUGACGUGUUUGUUGGUUCAAUUUUCUAACUGUUUGUGACACAAUGAGUUCUGUUGGUCAUCUGGACAAUGUCAUGACCGACCUGCACCUCAACAAUAUCACAUACAUCACAUUCAGAAUGUUGUACCUCCUGUGAGAUUGGAAAAUCCACACAUUUGAAUUGGGUUGAUAUAAAAUAAACAUCAGGCCCAUUUACUCACCUGUAGAAUAAAACCACUGGUAUGUAGUAACACCUAGUGUGGGCAGAUAUAACAGAAACGCUAACUCACUAGUGGCUAACCAAUCAGCUGGGUAGGAUCAAUGUUCUUCAUGAAGGAAAUGAAGGCAACCUCGCUCUGCGGUAUUUAGUGUAGUCAACCUCACGUUGCUGUCUUGGUUAGAGACACACACACAAUACUCACACACGACAAUCACAAUCCACACCGGCACAUCAACACUUGUAAAUGAGAGAUCCACUUUAGCAAGCUUAGCCUUUGAAUUUUGCACAACCUUCAGCAUUUGCUCCUGUUCACACAUGAUCUACGUUCAUGUUAUGUUUACAUUCAGUCAACUGAACACUGCUCUAGAAAACAAACUCCUCAUACACCUUCCAUUUUAUAAACUAUUUCAUCUUAGAAAAGAUUCAAGUUGCUAUAUUCUUCUCUACAAUCAUUUCACAGGAUUCCAUGUCACAAACCAUUCAAUGGGGUUAUACUUUUUGCUCUCUAUAUGUGCUGUUAUCACUUGUGCAAUACAGGAGAUAUAUAUAAAUCACUAACACACAAAGUAGUUUUCUAUGUAUUUUAAUAAAACUGACACAUGUGUUUUCUGUCUGAAAACGUCUUUCUGUCUCCUCCUGUUGUCAACCCACAGAGAUCGAAGCAGCCUACAGCUAACCUCAACAGAAACUAUUCAGACUCUGUCCAUAACUGUUAUACUCUGACAGGAUACUAUUCAUACCAGGCCACGUGAAUUCUUUCACUGCACUACUGUCUUGCAUGUUUCCCCAAUUCUACCUUUGUUCUUAAGAGUUACAAGAAGCAGAAACGGCCCUGUUACCAGUGGUGUUGGCAUAUUCCGUGUUACUACUAGUUUUAUGAAGUGAGAAAGAAAGAAUAUACACCCACAAAAUAUAUGAGGAGGCUACUUAUACCAAUAAUGUUUUGCAAUGGAGAUUCUUUAUGCGGAGUUGUGUUGUUCUACACUCAACAUGUAAAUAUUGUAAAACAGUUGGAAUAUUUGUGAGCCUGGAAAACACUUUUACAUUACUAACUGACAUGUGAAGAUUGGUUCUGAAUUCUUCAGCGUUUUGUAAAAAAAAGAGAAAACAUGUCUGUACCGUAUAAUUUAUAGUAGUUAUGUUCCAUAGACUAACUAAUAGCGAAAACUUAUAUUUUAAGAGUAUAUAAUGAGUAUAAAGCAUGGGACAUGUUUAUUUUUAUAAAAACAAAACAUUCUCUCAUCAUGACCACCUGGAAAUGUUUUCAAACGUUUAGUUUUUGACGUAAUGAUAAUAUACAAAUAUAGUGUGUGGUUGUCAUUGUUGAGUUGCGUUGUUGCCAUAUUGUGAAUGUGUCUCUAUGUUCCAUAACAUAAUGGACCUUUGUUUCAUAACAUAAUGGACCUUUGUUUCAUAACAUAAUGGACCUUUAUUCCAUAACAUAAUGGACCUUUGUUCCAUAACAUAAUGGAACUUUGUUCCAUAACAUAAUGGACCUUUGUUUCAUAACAUAAUGGACCUUUGUUUCAUAACAUAAUGGACCUUUAUUCCAUAACAUAAUGGACCUUUGUUCCAUAACAUAAUGGACC